AUUUUCCUGACAAAUUAACAGGUUUCAUAGUCUGGUUGGUGAUAAUUGUUUAGCUUUACCUUCAGGUGUGGAGAGAGAAAGCCUGUCUCCAGUCUCUCUAUACAUGACGUAACACACUGAUCCUCUCCUCCAACCUCUCGUGUGACAGCUGGCUCGUUCUUGUCAGGAUGGUGGAUGAUGCAACCCGCAAAUCUUUAAGUUCCAUUCCUUUGUUACGGACAAAGGCAGGGCCUCGUGACAAGGAGGCCUGGGUAGCACGCCUCAAAGAAGAGUACCAAGCACUUAUCAAAUAUGUCCAGAACAACAAGGAUGCUGAUAAUGAUUGGUUUAGAUUAGAGAGCAAUAAAGAAGGGUCAAGAUGGUUUGGAAAGUGUUGGUUCAUACACGAUUUACUGAAGUAUGAGUUUGACGUCGAAUUUGAUAUACCAGUAACAUACCCAACUACAGCUCCUGAAAUUGCACUGCCUGAACUGGAUGGAAAGACUGCUAAGAUGUAUCGUGGUGGCCGCAUUUGCCUUACAGAUCAUUUCAAACCACUUUGGGCGCGAAAUGUUCCAAAAUUUGGUAUUGCACACGCCAUGGCACUUGGUUUGGGUCCAUGGCUGGCUGUAGAAAUUCCGGACAUGAUCCAACGAGGAGUUGUCACUUAUGCUGAGAAAAAGGCUUAACAUUGCUUUGGAAUAUUUUUUUGUGGUAUGUACAUUUAAAACGAGAUGUUUGAUUAUGAAAAAAAGAACCUGACAAUUUUGAAUAACACUCCCAAGAUCAUUUGUUUAGCUUUCAGUCUUUUUAAUCAUAUUUUUUUCCCCAAAUAUAUGGAGUAAUUUCCUUUUAUACUUGACAUGAUAAUUAUAUUCCUUGUUAAGGGGGGGAAGAACUAACCCUAAUCCCAGGGUAAUAAGGUCAAUUUAUGAAUGAUACCAACUUGUCUGACCUAACCUUGGCAUUGAGGGUUGAACAUAAUUAUGUCCUUGAGUAAAGGUUAUGUUCUGCAUGUUUUUCCUAAACUGUUGUAAACUAAUUUGAAUGGACAUAACAAGAAUACUAAGAUAAGAUUCAAUAAAACUAUAUUUACUAAGUUUAGGAUUAAAUGUUCAUGUUUUUGUUAUACAAAAUUAGAUUUAUUCCAAUAAAGAUAAUUUUUGUA